GGAUGCCAUCUCAGGCUUUGGUCCAGAAAUUUGAAGAAACAGAUCUAUUCCUCGUUGAUGCUAUUGCCCAAGCGGACGCAUUCCAUGAUCAAGAAGAUUACUAUACCGACUAUGCGCGAGGGCAGAUCGUUGAUCGGGUUGUUGAUCCAAUACGACACCCUGAAUUAUCGUUAAGAUUUCUAGAAAACGAUCUCAGAAGGAACCAGGUUGGACCUGAUAUUAAUAAAAUUUCGAAGCAAAUGCAAUGUCGCAAAACUGGUCUUACUAUAGGAAUGGGUAUUAAUGCCGAUACUCAAGAUAAUACUCACGUUUUCUCUACACAAAGGGAAGAAAAAAUUAAUGAAGUGACCCCACCUAGUGAAACUAAUUAUGCAGGACACACUAUAAUGCGAAAUCCUGAAGAGUGA